UGAUCACAAGGGUGUUAGGUGGACGAGUAUAAAAGAGCCUGGUGGCAGUUCAUCAACAGCAUCCUCCUCGAGCUCUUCAAUCUUUACGAGAACGACAAUGAAAUCGACGAUCGCCUGUCUGUUGGUGUUGGCUGUUGCCGCCCAAGCUCAAUUCUUCGGAUAUGGUGGAUAUGGUGGAUACUACGGAAAUUACGGUGCCUAUCCGUUCGCUGGCGUGCGCGCCACCACGGCCUACACUGGAAUCCCCGCAACUGCCGCCGUCCCCGCCGCCUUACCCGUCGCUUAUGGCUACCCUUCUAUCUCUGCCACCCAGUACCACGCUCAGGACGAGCUCGGUCAGGCCAGCUUUGGCUAUGCUCACCCCGGACAGGCCGCCAGCAACCUCCGUGACGGUUUCGGCAACCAGAUCGGCAGCUACGCUUACGUCAACCCAGAAGGUAAAGAAGUCCGUGUCUCCUACACCGCCGACUCCCGAGGCUUCCGCGUCCAAUCCAACGACUUGCCCGUCGCUCCCGUCGACAAUUCGGUAGCUCCCGUCCAGGUUGAAGACACACCCGAAGUGGCCGCUGCCAAAGCCGAUCACGCCGCCGCUGUCGCCGCUGCCAAGUCCGGAGUCGCCCCCAUCGCUCCAGUUGCCCCCGCUGUUGCUCUUCCAGCCCCAGUCCAGGACACUCCCGAGGUUAUCGCUGCCAAGGCGGAAUUCGCCGUUAAAUUCGCCGCCGCCAAGGACGCCGCUACCCCGGCCGUUCGUGCUAAACGUCAAGUUUGGAACUACGGAGCGGCUCCAUUCGCUUACCCCGGCUAUGCCGUCUCCCCUUACGCCUAUUCGGUUGCCGCUCCCGCCGUCGUCGCCGCCCCUGCCAUGCCCGUCCGUGAGGCCACUUUAACCAAGACCAUCCUCACUCCCGGUCACGCAGUCUCUUACCGCGUUGACUAAAUUUUUUAAGUGAAUAUGAUUUUCAUUCUUCUCCCUUUCUGGACUUCUGCGGAAUAAAUCUUUAUCGGAAAACUGAAA